CUUCGGAUCUAGAGAGGGGAACUACUCUAUAUAUAAGACUGGGCGGGUCCUUUUCGAGUCAUACCUAACUGAAAGAAAGGCGACUAUGACAACGUUUUACACAUUGUUCGCAGCUUGCCUGCUGAUAGGAGCAGCAUGGGCGCAGCAGUACACGACCCCAGUGCCGAUCCUUAAGCAGAUCAACAGGCACAACGACGACGGUUCCUACUCCUACGGUUACGAAGCGGCCGACGGCAGCUUCAAAAUCGAGACUAAGUACCCGACCGGCGAAGUCUACGGGAAGUACGGUUACGUCGACGAUUCUGGAAAGGUAAGAGAAGUUGAAUAUGGAGCGAGCAAACGCGGUUUCGAACCUGCCGGAAGUGACAUAAACGUGCCACCGCCGACGCUCACACAGAAUCAGGCUUCCGCGCUUCCCGAAGGCCAGGAGGACGACGGCCAGUACCGCGAGGACCCCAGCGUAUACUACAAAGACGAAAAGUACAACAGGCCGGCACCCCAGUCUGUCUCCAGGCCCCAGCAGUACCACCAGACCAGCUACAAGUCCCAGCAGUACCAGCCUCAACCUCAGUACUACCAGCCGCAACAGCAAUCCCGGUAUUACCAGCCCCAACCACAGUACCAACAGCCCCAAUACCAACAGCCCCAGUACCAACAGCCCCAGUACCAACAGCCGCAGUACCAGCAGCACAGGUUCAACCCCCAGGCUUAUCUGAACCCUGCUCAAUUCGCCACCCACCCUUCUGUUAAAACCUUCGAUAUUUUCUCGGGAUCAUACUCCCUAGACUAUUCGGGAAAGAAAUAAAUUAGUAUAAAUCUAUUUUUUUUCAAGGCACUGCUGUCGUGUACAUAUAUGUGUAAAAUAUUCUAGAUGUAAGUUUUUUAAAAUAAAGUCGUUGUGUUUUACCCAUA